AUGACGGCUUCCCUGAUCUUUGUGGCUGGUGCUUUGCUCUCUGGACGUGUAUUCGUCUGCCGUGUUGAGAGGAACAAAAGCGCAACGCCGUUUUUGCAACAGCUGACUCAGUCCCUGCACUCAGCCCUCUUCAGCUUGGGCGCAUCUGGUAAAGUUAUUGAAAGUAUUACCGACAAACCGUGGGGUAGUGAUCGCGCUUUUGAUAGUGUUUUUCUGAUAACCCUCAACCAUCUUCGGCUUUGUUGGCAUCAGCUUCAUCAACGGGAAUCCGUUCUAAAGCUUCUACAUACUGAGCGCUUCUUUGCUGUGCGUCGGCGUCGACGCCAUGAUCCUUCUGGCGACGCCCCCCUCUCUGUGCCACUGGGCUGGCUGCGUGGUCCCUUCCUUGAGCUUCGCGGCAAGCGAGAUACGCGUGGCACGCGGCGCCGCUUAUUUGCGACAGCGUUGGCCCAAGGUUGGCUUCGUGAUCGACCCUCUGCCUGUCUCCGUGUUGCGCAGCUUUCUUUCGCCGGAUGGCGCGCUUGUGGCGUAGCGUGCGUCGGGCGAACGACGUGGGGCGGGUCCCGCCGCGCCUGUCACGUGCCGUGGCUCUGCUCUGCUCUGCACUGCUCUGUGGCGGCGUUGCCUGUGGGAUGGCCUGAACGCGACGGAGUCGCGGGUGUUGUGAGUGCCGGGCCUGUUUCGUUGGGGGUUGCCCAUCUGGCGACUACGCACGCGCUUUCGGCGGAGACGAACGCGCCGGCCACGUUGGGACGCGGCCUCGGUGGGCGCCCCUUCCUAACUUGCUGA